CAGGCCUGUCCCUCCCUCAAGGAGCCAAUGGGAAUGUGGGAGGAAGCGAGUGACCCAGUGAUGGGGAAGAAGGAUAAAAAUGAGGAGCGGAAGGAGAGAAUCCUGAAUCUCACACUGGAGAUUAUCUAUCUGCUGACUGGAGAGGGCUACGUCAUCCCUAAGAAGAAGAGCCCAACUGUGGGUUUGGGGGCCCUGCAUGCCCCUGGCUCCGUCAUACAGAAGGAAAAUGACAAGAAGAUCCUGGAACUCAUCUCCAACAUCAUCCAGCUGCUGACUGGAGAGGUUGCCAUAAGGUGUGAGGAUGUUUCCAUCUAUUUUUCCUUGGAGGAGUGGGAGUAUAUAAAAGGAAACCAGGCCCUUUACAGGGAAGGGAUAAAGGAGGAGGAGGAGGAGCCCCAGCAGCUCCGCCCACUGGCCUGUGAGUAUAAAGAUGGGAGCGAUGUUACAGCACAUACGGAAGCAACUUUAUGUUGUAAUAAUGAUGGGAAUCUCACAAACCCUGAUGUUUCUACUGCGGAACAGCCCCCACCGGCCAAUGGGAUUAAAGAGGAGGCGGCUUCAUGGAAAGAGGGAAACCAAUCCGAUUGCAGCAUUAAUCCCCUUACAGAACAGAUACAGGGAACAGACACACCUACUCCUAUCAUGGGGUGCAGCCUGAAUAGCAGCUCGGCAGAGGAUUAUAUAUCGGUCGUUAUUAAAGAGGAGGCGGCUUCAUGGGAAGGCGGAAACCAAUCCGAUUGCAGCAUUAAUCCCCUUACAGAACAGAUAAAGGGAACAGACACGCCUACUCCUAUCAUGGGGAGCAGCCUGAAUAACAGCUCGGCAGAGGAUUAUAUAUCGGUUGUUAUUAAAGAGGAGGCGGCUUCAUGGGAAGGGGGAAACCAAUCAGAUUGCAGCAUUAAUCCCCUUACAGAACAGAUACAGGGAAUAGUAACACCUAUCAUGGGGUGCAGCCUGUUCAACACAACGUAUAAUGGAUAUGAAAAUGCCGACACAUUCCCACAUAUAUCUGGCAUAAUGCAUAAUACUUACAGCUACAGUCAGUACAAUAACCAUUUUGGUUAUCAGAGAGACUUUUACAAACCCCAAGAAUCCCACAAAAAGAAGCGUUUUCCUUGUCCUGAUUGUGGGAGAUGUUUCUCGCAUCGGCCUAACCUUGAGCGCCAUCAGAGGAUUCACACAGGGGAGAAACCGUAUCCUUGUUCCUAUUGUGGGAAAUUUUUUGCAAGUCAACCUAACCUUGAUCGUCAUCACAGAACCCACACAGGGGAGAAACCAUUUCCUUGUCCCGAGUGUGGGCGAUGCUUUGCCUCCUCAUCUGAGCUUAUUGUCCAUCAGAGAACCCACACAGGGGUGAAACCUUUUCCUUGUCCCGAGUGUGGGAAAUCGUUCACCAACUCAACACGCCUUAGAGAUCAUCACAGAACCCACACGGGGGAGAAACCGUAUCCUUGUCCUGAGUGUGGGAAAUGUUUCUCAAAUCGAAUCAACCUUGCUUCUCACAAAAAGACUCACACAGGGGAGAAACCUUACUUUUGUACAGAGUGUGGGAAAUGUUUCGGAAAGCAGUCGCACCUCAGUCGUCAUAAAAGAACCCACACAGGGGAGAAACCCUAUCCUUGUUUGGAGUGUGGGAAACGUUUUUCAGACCGAUCGGUCCUUAAUAAACAUCAAAUAACCCACACAGGGGAGAAACCAUUCCCUUGUACGAUAUGUGGGAAAUGUUUUUCAUACAAAAAUAAUCUAAAAACACAUUCUUAUCUUCACAACAAGCCAUAAGCUGGUUCCCAGCGUCCUUUACAAACCAGGCCGACAUCUUCCCCAUUGAUCCCAUCUUCAUUUGUGUUUAUGGAGGAACAAGUUUAUGUACAAUAGAAUCUUUUUAGAAUUUUAUAGAAUAACACGUUUUUUUGGUAGGAUGAUGCCGGUGAGAAGGGGGACGUCUAUCAACACUGAAGGGAAGGAGGCCGUUUAAUCACUGAAUUUGUGUGUCAGGUUUAUUCAUUGGUGAAUGCAAAUUUAGGUUUGAGUAGUAGUUAGUAGGAAAUGGCGCCAUACUGGGGGGGGUGUUAGAAUCCAUUAUGCUGUUAUUUAUGCUUUGUAAGGGGGUAAUACACGUGUUUGAAUAUGUAUCAGGUGGUUGUUUUUAUGAAUAAAAUUAUGCCGUUGGCAA